AUGGAGCACAAACUACAUUCAAUGGAGCCGUCAUGGGCUCGAGAUGCCGGGUAUUCUGACAGGAGGUUCAGCAACACAAAUUUCCCCAUCGCAACAAAGCUGAGAUCUGAGUUUUUGAUGGACAAGGAGAGAGCGUUUGAUACCCCAGAUGUGAGAUGCAAGGGGAGGCAAGGGCCACCCUCACCAGCAGAGAGCAUGAAGGAGGCCUUGAAUGCGAUCAAGAGGUAUGACGUCAUCUCGGACAUGGGGAAGAUGCAGGAUAGCCUGUUGAGAAUUAUCGAGGAGCAGGUCCGGUUGAGAAUGCAGCAGCAGGUUGAAAGGAACACAAGAGCGAAUCGAGAAAAUGUGAUGGACUACGCGUCGACGGAUGGAUCUCUGAUCAGAGAGUAUCAGAUCCAGAAGGAGGAGCUCUUCUCUGAGAUCUCUCGCCUGCAGACGGAGAUCAUGAGCUUGAAGGAGAAGAACCUUCGGCUCAAGGCUGAGAAUGAGCAAGCAUACAACCUCGUGAAGAUGGCAAGGGCAUCUGAAACCACCCUCCAGCAUGUGCUGGAAGAACGACAAGUCUCGCUGGACCUGCUCAAGAAUGCCAAGAAUGAGGCGGAGAAGCAAUUGAAAGAGCAAAUGGAAACAGCUAGGUACGAACUACAGAGAGUUCGACUUGAGUUCGAGACAGAGCUGAUGUCCUUGCGCGCCAAGAAUCUAGAGCUUCAGGAGCAGAACAAGAAGAACGAUGUCAAGCUGGCCGAGGCGUCUGAAAAAGUGAAAUCAGGACGGAGGUCAAAAGUUGCGGUGCAAGAGAUCGAGCAAGCAAAGAACGCUGUGUCGGAAGCAGUGCUACAGGCCAAGAAGUACAAGUCGCUGCUGGAGCAGGAGACGACGGACAAAGAGAGGCUGCAGGAAGAAAACUCGACGCUGAGCGAGAACUUGGAAUCGUAUCAGAAGAUGUUGUCUCACGAGCAAAUCAAGAGAGAGGAGACGUCUGCAGAGAUCCUCGAGCUCCGCGCUGCCCUCCGGACGGCCGCAGAGAAGACGAGGGAGGAGCUGAGAAAUCGACACGAGACGGAGAUCAGCUCACUGAGGACGUCGCACAGGUCGGCAAGGAUCGAAGCGGAGCAGCUCCGGUCGAGACUGAACGCCACGAGCUCGGCGUUGCAGGCGCACCUGAACGGGCUGAGUAACCCGAUGAAGAGCAUCGAACAUGUGCUGGAGUUGAACGGGAAGUUUUGCGAUGCCUCAAACGCAUCCCGCGACUACGACAGCCAACGAGGCUCGCCGACGGACCGGUCGGCUGUCCCUCCUCAUAGAUCGCCAGGUGUAGGGUCGCCGGUAAUGGAGGGCCCGGAUGAGAAGCAGGAGAAGGAGGAACAUCCAGGAUAUUAA